AGAACUUUCACAUCCUAGUCAUACCAACUACUUGGAAUUUUUUCCUCUUAAAUGUUUCUCUCCAUUAACAUCUCCCUUCUCUUCCUCUGUUUUCCUCUGCUUCUUACUUACUUCCACUCAAAUGGACCUCCAAAACCUUUCCAUAUCCCCAAAACCUUCCCUUAUAUGCAUUUUUUUCAUCAUCUUCACCUCCUUAGUCAACUACAUUCUAUCCCUUGACCCAAAAUUCCAAGCCUGUGUCCCUUGUACUUGUGGAGAUGGCCCAAAUAUAAGCUACCCCUUCUGGAUACUUCAUGAGCAAGAACCUUUCUGUGGCAACCCAAACUUUACAAUCAUCUGCAAAGACAAAAACCCAGUUCUUACAAUUGCCAAUGAUGAUUAUAUCAUUAAGGAUAUCUAUUACUCAAACCAGUCAUUUCUCGUGGCCAACGCCGUGGUGUAUGAGGACACAUGCCCUGCUCCUUUGCAUAAUGUUAGCCUUGGUCAAACUCCAUUUAAUUUUAGUUUGUACAAUAGUGAUUUCUCCACCUUCUACAACUGCAGUUCAAAGCCUUAUUACCCUGUAUAUGAAUUAGACUGUGCUAGCAAUAGUACCACCCAUCAUUCUUUUGCCGUUUUCCAUAAGGAAGCAUUGGAGCUUCAUAACUAUUCGUUGGAGUCGUGCCGGUCUUUGGUUGAUGUGCCUGUGGAUGUUGGAGUCAACUUUACAAGCUUGUUGCUAAUGAAUUACACUGAAGUUUUGAAGAUGGGGUUCUCUUUGAAUUGGAGUGCACAUGAUUGCAGCAGUUGUGAGAGAAGUAAUGGACGCUGUGGAUUUGAGAACAAUGAAUUUGUUUGUUUUUGCCAUGACCGGCCUCAUCUCAAAACCUGCAAUGAUGAUAAUCGUGGGAAUAAGUUGCGGAGGAUUGUUGCAGCAGGUGUUAGCGCAUCUCUCGUAAUGGUUUUUAUAAUACUGAGCGUCAUAUUCUUAAUCCAUCGACGCCGCAUGAAGAAGAAAUAUGAUCCCUCAAUCUUAAUCAGUCGAAGCAUCUCUUAUGAUCCCUCUGGAACGACAGAUCAAGAUAGGGGAAGUAGCUACUUUGGAGUUCAUCUCUUCACCUACAAUGAACUUGAAGAAGCCACUAACAAUUUUGAUUCAUCCAAAGAACUUGGAGAUGGAGGCUUUGGCACUGUAUACUAUGGCAUACUUCGUGAUGGGCGUCAAGUUGCAGUGAAGCGCUUGUACGAACACAACUGCAAAAGAGUAGAACAAUUCAUGAAUGAAGUUGAGAUCCUUACUCGCUUGCGCCACCCAAAUCUAGUCUCACUGUAUGGCUGCACCUCUCGCAGUAGCCGUGAACUCCUGCUUGUUUAUGAAUACAUUCCUAAUGGCACAGUUGCUGAUCAUCUUCAUGGCGAUCUUGCAAAACCCGGUGCACUCCCAUUUCCUACUCGAAUGAAGAUUGCGGUUGAGACAGCAACUGCUUUGGCCUAUCUCCAUGCUUCUGAUAUCAUCCACCGCGAUGUAAAAACAAACAACAUUCUCCUUGACAACAAUUUUUUGGUUAAGGUCGCAGAUUUUGGUCUGUCUCGUCUCUUUCCCACCGAUGUCACUCAUGUCUCGACUGCUCCACAAGGUACUCCAGGUUAUGUCGAUCCAGAAUAUCACGAAUGUUACCAACUUACUGAAAAAAGUGAUGUGUUCAGCUUUGGGGUGGUCUUGAUUGAGCUUAUAUCAUCUAUGCCUGCUGUUGAUAUCUCAAGGCAUCGACACGAAAUUAAUUUGUCUAACAUGGCUAUGAACAAGAUCCAAAACCACACGUUACAUGAACUUGUGGACCCUUCUCUUGGGUUUGAAUUAGACUGUACGGUGAAAAACAUGAUAACUGAUGUGGCAGAGUUGGCAUUUCAGUGUUUGCAAUAUGUUAAGGAAAUGAGACCAUCAAUGGCAGAGGUGCUUGAAGCACUAAAGGAUAUACAACAUAGAGACUACAUUAACGAUAAGGAGGAGAUUAAUAUUUCUGCAGAUGAUGUUGUGUUGUUGAAGAGUGAUCCGGCACCACUUUCGCCAGAUUCUGCGCUAAAUUGGAAUAUCAGUACGUCUACAACAUCAAAUGGCAGUCAUUAAGCUAUGCUUCUUAUUUUUCACUAAAUAUUUCUACCAAUUAUAUGUCAAAGAAGUUGGUACCUGCGCCACAUCUACUCAACAUUGAUAACUUGAAUGAGAGUAUGAGAUGUACAUAUUAUGUCAAAGCUGUCAUGGAUAUGGAUUCACUCCGUUUCAUAAGUUUUGGUCAAUUAGCUUUUUAGAUGAUUU